GACAGAGGCAGAAAGCACAGAAAACAGAGGAGAUGAGAGGAGUUGGAGGGCCUUUGCUUACCAUAGGGGAUCUGCUAAGCGACGUGGGGGAUGAAUCCGGUGCAGCUCCAGACCACCUCCACCACCAUGAUACCACUCUUCCAUCACCAUCAUCAUCAAUUUUUGAUGCCAAUGAUGUCCCUCAAUCCUUGGACCUCACCAAACUCUUCCAGGAAAACUAUGAGAAAUUGAAUGAGGCACUUUCUGGUUCGGACCACUCAUGGACAGCUCUAACUUUAAAGCUAUGCACUGCUCUGGAAACUGCAAACAAGUUGGUUCAGUCCACUGACACAAAUAUUAGAUUGCUGUCAGAGAAGGUUGCAGAACUUGAGAAAAUUGUCAAGAGGGGAGAUUCUGCAAUUACAGCCGCCAGAGCCAUCUCAAUCGCUCUAAACCAAAAAGGAGGAUCAUCUGUUGGUAGUCAGGAGAAAGAGCAAUCUAGGUCUCAUCAAGAGCAUGUGAAGUCGUAGUCCUCGUGUUACUUCUUGGUAACAUUAUUGCUUGGAAAAGGUCCGAAAAUGAUUCUGGAAGAAGAGACCCCAAUCUUUUUAAAGUGAGCUUUUGUAGCUAUGGUCCGUAUGGAUUGUGCAUUUGCUUGCUUAGACCGCAACUCGGGACAUAUAGCAAUUACAUAGAUAGAGUUAAGUUACAUUACCAUAAAUUUCACGGGUCUUGUAAGCAUAAAACUCAAGGCAAGCUAUCCGUGUAAAAAUGAAUGAUCGUUUUUGUUUGAAUAUGUUAGAAUGAAUGAUGGUUGAUGAGA